AUGUCAGGUGCAGUGGGCCGUGAGCCAGUCUUCCCGACCCGCCAGUCGCUGGGAUUGAUGAAGGGUAAGCUGAAGGGUGCGGAGACUGGUCACAGUUUGUUGAAGAGAAAGAGUGAAGCCUUAACAAAAGCUGACACCGUACUCCUAGAAAUUACUCGGCGCAUUGAUGAAGCUAAGCAGAAGAUGGGACGAGUUAUGCAGAUCGCUGCCUUUUCUCUGGCAGAAGUGAGCUACGCCGUUGGAGGUGAUAUCGGCUACCAGAUCCAGGAGUCUGCCAAACAAGCUCGAUUCCGAGUGCGGGCGAAACAAGAGAACGUCUCCGGUGUUUUCCUGCCGCAAUUUGAGAGCUACACCGAGGAAGGAAUCAAUGACUUCGGCUUGACUGGUCUCGGAAAAGGUGGUCAGCAGAUUCAACGUUGUCGGGAGACCUAUGCUCGGGCAGUGGAGACAUUGGUGGAACUUGCGAGUUUACAGACUGCAUUCGUGAUCCUGGAUGAGGUGAUUAAGGUCGUUAACCGCAGAGUGAAUGCAAUUGAGCAUGUUAUCAUUCCCCGGACAGAGAACACCAUCAAAUACAUCAACUCGGAACUCGACGAGCUAGACAGAGAAGAGUUCUAUCGACUGAAGAAGGUCUCAAACAAAAAGCAGCGGGAUACUGCAGCUGCCGAUGCAGAGAUCGCCGCUGCUAGAGAAAGAGACGCUGCGAAUAAACAGCUUGCUGAAGCAGAAGAAGCCCCCGAAGUCCCUGAUCUCUUGGGAGAGAGCGAGGACGCCGACAUCAUUUUCUAA